AUGCAGCCUUUCCAACUCCGCGGGGGCGCGGGCGGCGACGCGGAGGAAAAGCCAGCGGCGGAGGCCGCUGGCUUUUCCUCCGUGUCUCCGGAGGCUUCCGCCGCAUGCAGCCGCGCAGAGGCGCUCGCGGGUCCCCCCGGCGCCCCCGGUGCGUCGGCAUCGAGCGACGCUGCGCUGGCGGGCGGAGCUCAGGCUCCGCUUGCGCCGCUCUUCCCGGAGUCGACGAUGCUGCCGGCGUUUCGCGAGACGCGUCCGCAGCCGCUGCAGCCGCUGCUCCUGUUGGCGGUCCAGCGGUGCGCGCGGGACUUCCGCAGCUGCUCCCAAGUCGCCUGCGCCCAGAUGAAGCUCCUGGCGGGCGGUGACCGCGCCCGCGAGCCCCUGGGGCAGGCCGCAGACGACGCCUACGGGGCCGCGGCUGCCGCGGACGCGGAGAGUCGCCGAACUGCGAGCUCGCUGAUCCGCACAGCGCUGAUUCAGUACAGCCGCCACAGUCGCGAAAUUUUGCUCAAACUCUUCCUCCUCGACGUCGGGUGGAUGCUCCAGCCGCGGCACGGCGUCGUCGAGCAGCUUCUGCAGGAAAUCGCGGCCAUGGAGCAACAGAAACAAAAACUCCGACAGGACGCUCUCAUGUCGCAGUGGCAACUCCAGCAGCAGGCGCCCUCGCUGCUUCCGCCCCCGCCGCUGAUUGACGCCGCCGUGGACGUUCUCAGCACGGGCAAGUACCUCCGCCUGCCUCUGCUCCUUCCGCUCCAGCUCCUCGGCAAAUCUGUCGAAACGACCGGCCGAGAGGCUGAAGACGCGAUGCGGGAAGUGCGCCGGCGGGUCGCUGACGCGCUUCUUCUCCGCCUCCACUUUUCGCAGAUUCCGAAGGACGAGGUGUACGUACACAUGAAGCGGAACACGCACGUGGAUGUGUCGCUGCCUCACGAGGCGUUCAUCACCGCUGUCUCAGAUUUGACUACGCUGCAGGCCCUCGUCGCGCGCAUCUCGGUUUUGGAGGAAAACGGCUACGGCGUAGACGCGGCGGCCUCCGCGUCGCUCGGGCUCACGGGCAGCGGAGCCGCGCCGCCGCUGGGGGUCAACGCGACGCUCCUUUUCCUGCUUCGCACGCGCCUGGCGAGUGCCUCUGAGAGGCUGCAGUUGCUCGAGAGCGAGGCUGAGUUUGAGCGCUGGCGCGCGCAAGUGCGGGAGACCUGCGUGCGGCAGAUAGAGGACCUCGAGGACGAGAAGGCGAUUCUUUCGGAGCUUGUUCAAGACGAUGUCGAACCCGCAUCCUUUUCCGCGGCUGCUGCCUCGAGCUCGAAGGCCUCUUCUGGCGCCGCCGUGCCCGGGGAAGCGCCAUCUGAAGAGCAAGAGGAUAUCUCUGCGCUUCUUCAGAGAUUCGCGCCUUCGUCGUCUGCGUCUCCGUCACUUUCGCUGUUUCCCGCCUCAGCCUCAAGCCGCGCGUCCGUGGACGCUUUUUACUCCCUCUGGCGAACGUCGCGGCGCGUAGCGGCCUGCCUCGAGAUGGAUUUGCUUCGCGACCAAGCCCUGCGGCUCCUCCGCGUCUCGCACGCCGCGUCCGCCUCCGCAGCUCGUCUCUCGUGCGCCAGCACGCCGCCGCGCCGACUCCUCAUCGCCCACGUGACCUACCGGUCGCUGUCGGUCAAGCAGCUUGCGCAGCACGGCACAGCCACUCCGCAUUCGCUUGCCCUCGACUCGACAGCGGGCGCAGGCUCCGCGCCGGCCGCCGGCGACGAGACCGGCGGGGGGGGCAACACGCGCGAGUCCGGCGCACAGGCCGACCGCGUGGCGCCUGGAGAGGCCGCGGCGGCUCUCGAGAAGCCGCGGACGGCGCAAGUCCUCGAGAGCGAGGCGCCAGAGGACGACGAGGACCUCAGAGCGUGGCGAGAGCGAGACCGCGACAGCGGAGAGGGCGACGCAGACGAGAGCCGGGUGUUCGCCCCGCUCGCGACCGCGGCGGCGAUCGUCGCGGACGCGGAAGACGACGCGCGCGGAGCACAGGACGGGGUCACGGAGGGCGAGGAGGACGCCGAGAAGAAGGCCGACGACAAGAAGAAAACUUCAGUGCUCCUCCACCUGAAGAUCCUCUGCGGGUUCGACACCGCGUGCGGCGGCCUGCGCACGAGGUGUCUGCGUUCGCUGCUGCAGAAAAACGCUUCCGCGCUUGCUGGAAAGAGUGCGCUCGGACCCGUGGCGCCCGCUGAAGAACCCAGCGACAGCGCAGCCGCCCCCACAGGGCAGGGCGAGCGAAGCGAAACAGACGAGGCGCGCGAAGAUCCCGAGCGACGCGCGCCGGCGCCGUCUUCGCUGCGCCAAGAAGGCUCGCCACAGGAGAGCGACGAGGCGGCCUCGCCCGUCUCGCUCGACUUUCUCCUUUCGUCCGCGUCGUGGAAAAUCUCCGCGCGCCUCUGGCCGCUGCACCCGAUGAUGCAGCUGUACGAGCAGACGCUGGCGCGGGCGUGCGGAAGUGCCUCUUCGUCUUCGCCUCCUGUAGGGUUUUUGAGCGAAGCCGAUGCGUUCGCGCUGUCCGCGCUCUCGGCGCAGCCCUGCUGGAAGGCCAUCGAGACGUGGAGACCGGACGCGCUGCGCCUCGAGGACUGGAUUGCCGCCGCGGCGGAGAGUCUGUCGCUGCUGCAGCUCCUCACGCUCGCCUUUCACUUGCUGCAUCCUGGCGAGGCCUCGCGGCCAGCCGUGCGCCUCCGUGCCACACAGGGCGAGGGCGAGGGGAGCGCCGAGCCCGCCCCAGACGCUGCGGGGGGCCUCGCGGAUGCGGCACGGGGCGACGACGCCGUUGUGCUCCGCUGCUGCAGGGCCGCGACCCCCGAUCGCCUCGAACUCCUUCGCGACGACGGCUCACCGCUGCAAUCUUCGCCGCUGCCGUCUUCUCCUCUCGCGUUCUCCUCAGCAGCGCCUUCCUCCUGUCUUCUGCGCGCGUUCUACUACGGACAGGCCUGUGAGAUUUCUGUCGACGCGACGACGGGCGCCGCGCGGCUGCGCUGCCCGUGGAUGCCCAGGCGGCUCCGGCAGCUGAUUUCGGCGGCACCGCAGCGCUCGCUGCGCGACAUGUUGCUUCUGCUUCCGCUGGUGCGCCGCGCGGCCUUCCUGCUGCAGCUGAGCGAGCAGACCGGGGGGUUGGCGCGCGACCGCCGCUUCGACUGCCGAGCGGCCCCGGCUGAUCUCGGCAGCUGGGCGCCUCCCUCCCACGCGGUGGCCGCCGUCGAGCGCCUUCUGCGGCGCGACGCAUGCGCCAGGCGUGCCCCCUCAGAAUGCGCGGAGGGCGGCGGCGCCGAGGGCGCGUCGUCUGCUGCAGGCGGCGGAGACGCGGAGGGGGGCGCCCGCGAGGCGCAGCAGCAGCAGCGACGCACGCGGAACUUCGUGCCGAGGUUCGACUCGCUCGUUGGCGUGCUCGCCUCAGAGGCGGCCGAAGCGCUCGAGAAGCUGCUGCACCUUCGCGUGUACGAGCUCGCGCCGCAGGGCACGAGGCUGACGCAGGCGGCGCGCGCGGGCGCGGGCGGAGCCAAGAGGCGCCGCGAAGGGGGAGACGAAGAAGACCGCGAGCGACAAGCCGAGCAACACGCUUCAGCGCCAGGACGAGACGAUGCGAGAGAAGGCGGGGCGGACGCCGGGUCGGCGUCGCGCGAAGAAGACGAGAGCGCGUCGGCUGGCUGCGGCACCUCCAUUUACACGUCGACGGCCUUUUUUCGCGUUGCUGUGGACGACGCAGAGGCUGCAUCGCCCUCCACGAGCUCCUACGUCUCGGCUGCGGCGUCCUCAUUCCUUGUGGCCUCGGUGCUGUUUGAUGACGAUGUCGUUGGGUGUUCCUACCUCUUGUUUCCCUCCUCGCCGGCGCCCGCGCGCGCCUCCGCGGCCGCCGCGUUCGCAGACUCGCUGGACUUUCUGCUGGCGCCAGAGACUGCGGCGACCGCGGCGCCCUCCUCUUCCGCGUCUCUCGCCACUUCGGCGGCUCGCUGCGCGCCUGUGGCGCCGAAGCAGCGCGGACUCUUCGCCUCAGUCCGCCUUCUGCACACGCCCUUCAGGCUGCGGCUGCGACUUGCGCCACCGCGAGUCGCAGCUGAGGGAGAAGCCAGAGAUGACCCCCGAGAAGCGCGCGCGGGCGACGAGCUCCGCGGGGCGUGGCUCCCUCAGGUCUCCUUGGUGCAGUACCUCCACGCUGUGCACGCGUUGCUGAGGCGAAACGCCGAGACGCUGCGGCAGCUUGGCCGCCUUUCAAUGCUCCUGCCUCUGGCGCUCCCAGUCACAGCAGAGGCGGAGAUCGCACAGUCCAGCGCGCACGCGACUCCCGGGGUGCCAUACUCGCCGUCUGAACCCGCGUGGGACGGCCGCGAGCCUCUCCCCGCAGGCGGAGCCUCAGGCGCGCCCGCCUCACUAGCUGGCGACCGCGAGAGCGGUCGGAGCGGAGCGCUGGCUUUCGCAGGAGAGUGUCGCGGCAGCGGAGAAAGCCACCUCCAGGGGCCACCCCCGCGUCGCUGUUUGGAUCUCAACUCGCUUUUGUUUGCCUCGUCGCCGCCUCGCCCGUCUGGGGCCUCGUCGCUGCCAGCCCAUUCAGAUGCGCCAGGGCGCAGCGCACAGGCCGACCGUGGGGAGACGGGGCAGGAAGCGGCUGAGGAAACAGACGGCGACGGCGAAGCCGCGCGAAGUCUGCUGCUAGAAUGUACUGUUCACAAGGGGCUCUCCACGGACUUGGCGACCCCGGCAAGCGGAAAGCCGUCACUUCUCGCCCUCCUGUUUUCAACUGAGACCGCAUGCCCCCCGAGACAAGCCGAUCUGGCUGCGGCCGCGGGGCCUGACUCCGAUGCGUCAGCGUCUUCAUCUGCCUCCGCCAGCCUUCCCUCGUUUUCGCUGCUCGUGUCUGCCGAGGCGCUGGCCUUCAUCUGUCCGCAGAGCGUGGCGCAGCGGAGCCAGGUUGUGCUGCCGGCCUCGGAAUUCCUUCAAAGUCUCCAGGGCGACGCGACGGCGAGGCCCGCUCUCGACGCCUCCGCCCUUUCGCCGCAUGCAAGUGUCUCUAGCGUCGCAGGCGUGCAGCAGAGCGUGGAGGAGACACCUGGCGACGAAGCCAAGGCGAGGCACCGGCCCCUGUACAGGCUCCAAUGGCGAAUCGGCGUCGAAGAAGAGGGCCGACGAGGCGGAGAAGAGCUGGCGGAAGAGGGCGUCAGCGCGGAGUCAGGGGACGAAGCACCGGUGGCGUCGCACCUGCCGAAGAGGGCGGAAGUUCGUAUCGCGUGCGCCUGCCGAGUGACUGCCACCGAACGUGAGGGAGAGAACGCAGGCGUGUGCAACAGCGCGCAAAGGACACUGCCCGGCGAAGACGGAACCCACCGACAAGAGAAUGACCGCGACGCGGAAAGUAGGGGCCUGGAGUUGCAGACCUGCGGCGAUUCGUCCGUCCUCGUGUGGGCCCAGUGCGUCGACUGUCGAGCUGAAUGCACGCUGCCGCCGGGAUGCGACGGCCUUCUCACGUCGCAGCCGACGCGUUCCGACGCGGUCGCGCCCUCAGAGUCCUCUUGUGGCGAGGCCUGCUGCUUCGCGGCGACGGUGGGGCGGUGCCUGGCGGCCUUCCUCCGGCUUCAGGUGUACACACACCUGCAGCGCGAGCUCGUUUUUCUGCAGCGCCAGGCAUACGGGAAGGCCCUGGAGAUUCGCGUUUGCUUUCCCGGAGCUCUGGUUUUCCGCCUUCACACGCCCGCGCGGCGCAGGCCCGACGGGCGGCACUUUGUCCAAGGGCUCCUCCGCUCCGACCCCUCCUCGCCUUCCGCGACGGGCGCGCUGAAGGCGGAGAGCUGUGCGGACGCGGACGCAUGCGAAACGCUGCGAUGCGCCAUCCGCCUUGCGUCUCUCCCUCACGAGCCGUCGCGCACGGGUUCAAGUCCCGCUCUCGAGCUUCAGAGUCACGCGCCUUCCCCCCUCGCGGGGCGGGCGCGCCUCCAGUCUUCUUAUCCUCCUCCGGUCCUCUCGGCGUCGUCGAGGGCGCCUGCGCUCGGCGUCCGCUUGGCCGCGCUCUCGGCUUUGGCCUCGGAGUCGUCGUCGUCGCUGCUGUCCUUUGGAGUCGAGGCGAGCUCGCCGGAGCUCUCUUGGCUCUUUGCGCGGCAAGCGGAGGCCGCCGCGCGCCUGCUGCCAGCGCAGCUGGGCGCACUGCUUCAACUCCUCGCGAGCAGCAGCGAAAUGCUUACUUCCUACCUCUCGCUUCACUUCGCGCUGCUGCUCAGUCGCCCCGUGAAGCGCGGCUCCACCCUGCAUCUCCACCUGCAGCGAGACCAACAAGCGCGCCUAAAAGCCUUCAGGCGGAACGCGCUCUACGGCGCCCUCCUCCCACUCGAGCCGUGCGCGGCGGAAGCGGAAAGAGGCGCGGCUCUGGCGACGGAGAGCGCGGGUACGCCGCCGGCGGGCGCCAGGCCUGAAGCGAGCGAACCUGGCGAAGGCGCGAGCCCUGAUGGCGGCGGGGCGCAAGGCAAGACGAAAGCGGAGGCAGUGGAGGCGGAGACGCCCGGAGAUGUCGGCGCCUCGGGUGCGGAAAAAGCGGCCGCUAAGGCGGAGACGCGCGAAGACGCGGGCAAGUCGCAACUCAAGUCGCAAAUGGCGUUCUCAGACUUCUUUGCGUCGCCAGACGCAAGCAUACGCGCCCUCGCGGACGCGGCGGCUGCCGCCGGCCUGGAGCUCACGCCGGUUUACAUACAGUCGAUGACGCCGGCGCGGACCUCCCCGCAGGGGGCUGUUGCCCCGGCCGCGGCGGCGGGGUCUGCGUCUUCGUCUGGCUCUUCGGCUUCGUUUUCGGCUACCAGUUGCGGCACGGGCGCUGCACGCGGCGGCGCACUCGCUUUAGGCGCUGCGGAGGGCCGAGGCGUGUCGCUCGCGGAAGACUUGAGCUUCGCAUCUGCGUCGCUGCCUGCGCUGAUUCUGCGCGUCCCCGGGCUGCCGCCAGUCCUCCUGCGCCUGGACGAUGGCUGCCGCUGCUGCCUGCGGCUGUAUAUCGUGCUGCAGGAGACGCGCGAGCGCCGCCCCGAGGCCGGCGCGGCUUCAAAACACGCGUCCGCCCAGGGCAGCCUUCCGAGCACCCCUCCCGGGACUCCGGCGGGCGCGCGCGAAGCUCUCGGCGCGUCGGGCUCGCCGCAGCGCGCGAGCGCGCAGAGCGGGAAGGCUGCGAAGCCGGAGCCCGGCGGCACCCACGCGCCGGCGAAGACCGUGAAGUUCGUAGACAUGCAUGCCGCGGCGUCGGUUGCGCAGCUCGUGAGCAUGUAUUUUGAGGCGGCUAAGCAAGGGCAAAGGAUGGCAGCUGCUGCGGAGGAGCUCCGCGCCAAGAUCGUUCGCCACGCGUCUUUCGACGUCCUCCUGCUCGCGUCCUUCGCCGCGGCGCUCAAACACUUCGCCUCAGCUGCAUGCGCCUCGGUUCGCGCGGAGCCGAGCGCCGACGCGCUCGCCGAGGGCGUCGAACGAGAAGGCCUAGGCGUCGCACGGGGAGACGGGAGUCGCGUGAAGCGACCGCGGGAGGGCGACGACGACGCGGCCCCUGCGACGGAGGGGGCGGCGGCGCGGCGCGGCCCGCCGCUCGCGCCCUCUGUGUCGUCCUCCUUCCUCCUGGGAUCCACGUCGCCGCGCGCCUCAGACGCGGCGUCUCGCUCGCCGUGUCUCGCGGCGGAGUUGCCGCCUCUCUUCUCUUGGCUAGGGACGUGCUUCAAGCUCUCCUGUUCUUCGCCGCUGCUUCUCGGCGGCGCACACUCGCUGUACGCAACGAAGCCCGUCGCCUCUUUGUUUUUUUUUCCCGGGCUCUUGCUGCCCCAAGUUCUGCUCCCGCUGCUCCAGCUCUGCCGCGUCUUCGCCGUCUACUGUACUGCGGAGGUGGCGUUCAACUCCCCCGCGGCGCUUCUGCUGUCGCCGCUGCCCGCUGCGGCUCCGCGCUCUGCGCCCGCGUCGUCGCCGUCGCGUGCAUCUUCCGCGAACGCUGUGGAGGUGGCUUCCGUCGCGCUGUCGGCCGCCGCGUCCAAGGCGCCGCCGGCUUUGCCCGCGGAGGCAAAAAAGGAGGAACGGCACCACCUGCCGGGAGUCGAGAGGGAGGGCUCGCUUCCAGCCUCACCGUCGGCCUCCGCCGCCGCCCAGCCUCCGAAGCCUGGGGGCGGAGAGACGGGCGACGGCGCCGCAAGCGCCUCUCUCGCGCUGUGGAUAAGCUACACAGAUUUCGCGUCCAGGCACUCUCGAUGCCAAGUCCUUCCAAACGCCGCCGUCGUCGCGUCCACCGCGACCGCCGCCUUCGCUGCCUCCGCCGCCGCGCCGCCUCACGCGGCCUGUGCGCCUUCUCUCUCCCCCUUCUCGUCUUUCACGCUUUCCUUCUCGCGCGAGCCGAGCGCGGAGGCCGCGCAGCAAGAGGCGCCGUGCGCCUCGCCUUCUGGCAGGGGGCUGUCUGCGGCGAAGCGCGAGGUCGUCGCGCCGCACGCCGCGGGCGAGGUGUGGAGCUUCGCUCGGCUCCAGCUCUUCGCGCUGCCCUGGCCGCGAGAGACCUGCGGCCUGCGAGAGCCGCGCGGAGGCCUGCAGGAUGCAGCUGCCGAGGGUCACAAGGGAGAAAGCGACUCGCGCGUGCAGCUGCGCUGGACGCCGGCAACCUCUGAAGCGCUCCUCACGCCUUGGGGAGCGACGACGCGCUUCGCCGAGGUGCAGCGCGACGCGCGAACGCGAGCAGAAGAGGAAAUUCCGCCUCUGCUCCCGCGGCUCGCCGUCGAUGAAGAAGGACGCACACGCAUCGUGUUGCCGUUCUUUCAGCUCCGCCUCUGCCCCGGUUCAGCGCCGCAGGCGGAAGCGAGCGGCAAGCAGCGAAGUCUGUCCGUGCUCCAGGGCUUCGUCAGCUACGUCGCGCCUUGCCUGCCGCUGAACAACAUCCCGACGUUCGUCGCGCACCUGCUCUACUCGCUCUCCCGCCGCGAUCGCCAGGCGGACCCGCCCUCGCCGUCGUCAGCGGCCGCCGCGGCCUCCGGCUCUUCACGUGACGCGCUGCAGGAGACUGGCGCUUGGUUUUUGCAGCCGCUGCGGUCGCUUGCUGUGCACCUCGCGUUCCACGCGGCGCUCAUCUCGCUCCGGAAGGAAAGGGCCGCAAAGAGAGGCGACUGCGCAGGCAACGCCGCUUCAGCGGGCGACGAGGAGGCCGCGCGAGGCAGCAGGAAAGACCGAGAAGACCCCCGCGGGGCUUCGCUGCCCUCCGCCGCGCCCGGCGAAGACGCCUGCGUCAUCUACCGCAUCGUUUACGUGACAGGGUACCCCGAGCGGGCGGAGGAGAGCGACCGCCGAAAGGAAGUGGAAGCAGCGCCACAAGUGGAGGCGAGCCCCGGCGAAGCGGCUGCGAGUGCUGCGGCGCGGCCGCCGCCUCUGCGUGCUCACGGCCGCGCCUCUGCAGAAGACGCAGGCGCAUCGCGCGUGAGGGAGGAGUGGCUGUACCGGUGCCUGUAUCCCUCUCUGGCGGACUCGCUGAACGCGGACUUCGCCUUCGCGCGCUUCGCGGCUCUCGUCGCGGAGCUCUACGACGGCCUCGCGCAGGUCGCGCCGCUCUACUUGAACGAAUACUGCCGCAUGCGCGCGGUUCUGAGCCAAUUCUUCGCUUACCUCGAUGCGCGCGACUGGCGAGUCGACCCCCGAGGAGACCCCGAAGUGCGUGCACUGGUCGGCGACGGCGUUGGCGCCCAGGCUGCGCCGGCGGCGGCCACGCAGCGCUCUGUAGGCGAGGAGACACAGGGCGACGGGGCGCGGAAGCCUGCAGGGCCCCGCGACCCCACUGCGCAUGGCGGGGACGUCGAGACGCCCCACGGCCUGCCGCUUCUCGUUCCGCUGCCUAAACUCCCGUUCAUUGAGUGCCGAUUCCUCCCGCAACACGCGCCGGAUGGGCUCCACAUGGAGUUCGCGUUGCAUCGUCUGCUUCCGCUGCACCACUGCCCCUUCUACUCGGUCCUGCACUUCCUUCACCUUCUUCCGCCGCGCGCGGAGCUGCCGGCCUUCCUGCCGCCGGCGUCUUCGCCGCCUGCGACGCAGCCCGUUCUGCUGCUGCAGCCCCGCGUGAAGUUCGCCGCAGACGCCUGCUGCUCCGCCGGUGGCGGGCCUCGUGCUGCGAAGCCUGCGAAAGCGAGCCAAGAUCCCGCGCAGGCCGAAGCGCCGCCGAAAGAGGAGACGCCGACGCGCCCCCCCGACGGCCCGCCUGCUCUCCAGGGCGCCAGCCACGCGCACCAGCCCGGUCUCGCGCUGGCGCGGGCUUUCGCCCCGUUCACCGUCUACCGCUGCUUCACGGCGACGCUUCACGUCCAGCCAUUCCCGCCGCCGCACGUCUCCCACAUCCACAUUCGCGGCAUCAAGCUCCCUGCGCUGCUCCAGGAAUUGCAGCGCCAUGAACGUCUGGUUUCCACGACCGUUUUGAAGCCGCAAAUGGAGCGCGCCUCCCGGGAAUUUCACCUUGCGAUUUCGUAUUCUCUUGCGGCGUGUGCUGCCUUGUUCUUCGGGGCCGUCGACUUCGAUUUCCUCGCGCGCGCUCUCCAGAAGCUCGCCGCUCAACUCCAAUCUCUGGAAGGCCGCGAGGCUGCACUCGGGAAACUCGUGAAGCGCGAGCCACACGCCCUUGUCUCUUCGCCGGCCGGCUCGGUCGCCGCCCUCGCGUCUCCGCUGUCGACGCCUGCGCCCGUCUUGGCGUCCUCGCAAGGUCUUUCCCAGGCUGCGCCUGCGCACGCGCCUGCGGCGUCUGCGUCGCUGCGUAUAGGGGCGCAGGGAGCCUCAGCGCCUUCGUCGUCGGGUUCUCCAGCCCCUGGGGGCACAGGGCCGCAUGCGGGAAGGGUUCUGCUGCAGAAAGCCGCGUCGGCCGUGCACGCCGCCCCACGGCACAUGCAGCAACCUCAGGACUCAACUCGAGGCGCUUCGCCUGGGGGAGUUGCGGAGUCUUCUCGUGACGCAGCCCCGGGGGGCGGCGCCCAGCAGCACGUCGCGCGACCGAGCGAGCCCAGGGGGAACGUGCCGAAACAGAUCGUCGGCGGCCAGACUCCAGCCACGGGGGGGGGGGGCGCCCCGGAGCGACGCCCAGCCACAGAGGCGGCGUUUUCGGGGCAGGCCCCGCCCUCCCAGCAGGCGCCGCACGCCGCGAGGUCAGUCGGCUUGGAGCACGCGCACGGAGGGCGAGGGGCGCAGACGAACGCUGGCCCUGCGCAGCCGUUCGUUCCGGGCGCCAGAGAUGAGCUCAGUGGCGCCCAGCGUGUGGGUCGCGAGGGCCUGCCUCCGGCGUCGCGCGCGGAGGAGAGCCCGCAGGAGUUCGGCCGUGGUCUGCCGUCUCCGCAGACGGUGGAUAGGGGCCUCUCGGCAGUGCUCGGGCACUCGGGCGCCCAUCCGAUGGCGUCCGCGGCGGGGCGAGGAGGUCACGGCGCAGUGCCAGGGCUGCAGCAGCCAGGAAUCGUCGGCGCGCCUCGGGCGGGCGCGGUCGGCGCCUCGCCCCAAGCGCUCUCUGUGCAGAGACACCCCCACCACUUACAUCACCCGCCGCUGGCAGCCGCGAGACAGAUGGCGUACGAAGGAGUCAAAGCGCAAAUGCAGCCGGGGCCGGCAGCCGCGGGGACCGGCGCUCUGAGGCGGAUGAGCGCGGCGCAAAUGGUGGAGGCGGCGUGCGCUGUCGCGACAAACCCGGAUCAGGAACAGGCGCCGGCGCACCCCCACGCACUGCACGCGAUGCAGCCAGCGGCACAGCAGCAGGUGCACCAAGCUCGGCAUCCUGCGUACGCCAAGGACUCCUCGCAGGUGGCAUACCCCCAUGGCGUGCUCGCUUCUCAGCAGCCAGCUCAAGGCGAGGGCGGCUUGCCGGCGAUGGCGCACGCAGGACUGCAUCCCGGCUCUGCGCCUGCGUCGCAGCAGAUGCAUCUCGCGUUGAAAUCAAGCAGCGGCACACAGUUUGCUCAAGGGCACUCGCCCCCUCUGCAUGUGCGCCAGGCGGUGCCGGGGGUCGCACAGAGUCAGCCACAGGCCGCGCCCCUCGGCAAGGAAGGCUACAGACUGCCUGGGGAGCGUCAAGACCUUGGGCGACUGCCCGCCUACACUGCCGGCAGUGGUGGAGGGGUGCGCGACGACGCGACGGGGGCGGCUCGCAUGCAACCUUCGGAGGCGUUUCACGGAGCGCACGAAGUUUCGGCGGGCAGCCAUCCGCACCAGGGCGCGGCGGCGCCGCACUACCAUCCGCUGCAGCACCAGCACAGCAGCCAGCAGCCGGGCAGGAGCCUCGCUGGGCCCAGCCCGCCGCACUUCGCUCAGCCGCAGGUGCGAGGCGGGGGACGGCAAGACGCUGUGCCGGUCGCUCACUCUCAGCACGCCAUGCGCCCUGGUCACCACUCCUCAGGCGACACUCGAGAAGCGCUGAUGCUGCAGGAAAGACAGCGACGCCUGCAGCAACAGCAGGCCGCGCACCAACACGCAUUGCACCUGCAGCAACAAGGCUACGCGGUGCACACGCAAGGCGGGGCGCCUGGAGGCGGCCUGCCGGCCGCUGGACAGGGGUCGUCAGCAGCUGCCGCCUCGCGUGGCGCAGGAAGCACCCAUCCGCAGCAUGCGGCGACGGCGUGCCGGCCAAGAACGGGAGACGAGCACCUGCAAGGGACGCACCCGCUCCAGGGUGUGGCUAGCCAGGUGCGGCCUGCGCCUGGAGCCACUUCCGAUGUUGAUGCCCAGAUGCCCCCCCUGCGUGCCAAAGGGCCUGAGGCCUCUGCCUAUGGCGCGUACGGAAACGUGGGACAAGGGUAUCCACAGCCGGGCAGCUGUAACGGGGCUGCGACGGGACGCUUUCCCCACCAAACGCCCCCUGCAGCCGGGAUGCCGGUGACGGCGCACAGCCAGCAGGCCCCACCCGCUGGCAUGCAUGUACAGGGACACCCUCACAUGCAGCAUUCGCAACAGGUUGAGCAACCCGGCUGUCGGCAGGCCACGCAUGAUCGCGUGGCGGCCAGCGGGCCCGGGGGAUUCGGCGGCGUGCCCCGCACGCACUUGCCCCAAGCAGCCGUGGCGAUGCACCCGACCGCACAGACUGCGAACGCGCAGCACGCGUUCCAUGCGCAACGCGAUAUGUAUCCGCCUGGCAACCGCGAGACAGGGACCGUGAACUACGCGUACCAAAUGCAGCAGCAGCGUCACGUCAUGCUUCAGGUGCCCCACCAAAGCAGCAGUCAGCCAGCGCAUGCGCACCAUGGUCCCCACCAGCAGCCUCAUCCAGCCUAUGGGCAAGGAGGCGGACAAGGCUGGCAUUGA